GUAACCUUUUUACCGCUGAUGUACAUUCCCGUUACCCAAACAGUUUGUUCACUAGCAUACUUUCUAAAAUGAUUCUGUCCAGACAAACACCGCCGCAUCUCUAUUGUCAGCUCAUAAAACAUUUGUACGUCUUUCACGUAAAUCACUCUGUAACUACACAAACCAGUAUUCACAUCAAUAUCUAUACUGCCAAAAGACAACACCAUCCCGUAAGUACCACAAUUCCGAAAACUUGACAAAAAUCAGGACGUAGACCACGGCCUCAUCACGUAAUGACCCGUUGCUAUGGUGAUCGUCAGUGUUUGGCUUCUGAACUUGCAGAAGGUUUUUCGUUUAAAAGGAAUAUUUAGCAAUGCCGCCGAAAAAGAAAAAACAAACAAAACAGAGUGCGGUUGGAGAAACUGCAGCAGAGGGAGUACAGCAGGCGUCAGCAACAAGAGAAUCUCUGCUACAGCGAGAGCAUGACCAGCUUACUGAAGAGCUCUCCUCCCUAAAGAAAAGAAUUGAAGAACUAAGCAAAGAAAAUGACCUUCUGCAGGAAGAAGCUUUGCAAACACGUGUAGAAAGUCAAGAAUACAUGACAUAUAUGUCAAAACGAACUCACAAGCGCCAGAAUGCCAUCAUUACACUAAGUGACCAAAACCAGAAGGAGCUUGAGGACAUUGAGAAACAGAAGAAUGAGCUACUAAGCCAUUACAUGGAGAAGAAGAAAUCUUUAAAAAAUCAACUGCUUGAAAAGGAAAAUGAGUUCUGUCAAAUUCAAAAAGAAAUUGAUGACCUAAAGCCAUUCAAGGAUCUUCAAGCAGAACAACUAUCUCAGAUUAAAGACCUGGAGAAAGAAGUAAUUAAAAUGAGAGUACAGCAUGCAGACAAUUUACAGAAAAUAAAGUCUAAUUUUUUACAUGACAAGACAUAUUUUGAGCAGGAUUCCCAGCAGAAGGUUCUGGCAUUAGCAAAGGAAGCACAUAAGGAAGCUAUCCGUUGCCUUUUUGAACACACGGAAAAGGUUAGAUCUGAUAAUCGGCAGCUACGUCAGGAACUUUUGGGCUUGAUCCAGAAAUCUCGUGCCUUGAGGGAACAUCAGAUGAAACUGGAAGAACAGCACCAACAACUUCUUAGAGAACUACAAUACAGCCAGGACCUGGUGAAACUAAGGACAACCCGUCAACACAAGAUUUUGCACUCACUAGUCUUCUCUAACAAAGAAGAACCUCAGCUAGCAAACCAUUGAUAUGCAGACAUAUUCUAAUGUACUUUUGCUAUAGACCAGUCUUAGAGACAGCCUAGGCCAGGGCAGAAUUCAAUGAAAAUGAAUGACAAAUCUACUGAUAUCUUCUAAAUGAAAUGGCUUAAAAAUUGUAUUCACUUUUAAACAUAUUUUUCUCCCUGCUUUAUUGUGAGUGAAUAUUCUUUUCUUUGUUUUAUUGUGAGUAUAUCUAUAUUUAUACACACAAAUACAGUUACCACUGUCUCAUAUCUGUAUUUUUCUUUACCUCUCAUUUUUUAUUUUGUUUAUUUUUUUAAGCAUGGCGGAAGCAGAUUGUAUAUAUUCCUUGGAAUGGAUCGUUAAGUGAAAACUGUGUAACUCUCAAAUUUACACAAGCAAACUUCCAAAAUUGCAGGAGUCUUUGAUGUCAAACAAUAUCAUGUCUAUCAAAUUAAUGUGCAAUCACACUGUCCAAAAUACACAUGGAAUGCUCAGUCUAGUAUAACUACA